AUGACUCUUAACAACCACAACCUUGUCCAUCGCAUGCUCAAAGCUCGUCAAGCCGGUAAUAAUGGUACUAACGGCGGAAAUGGGAAUGGUGGCGGAAAUGGGAACGGAGGCGGCGGAUCUGCUGCUGCAACGUCUGCUACAACGUCGGAAUCGCGAGCGGCCGCAACGUCCUCUGACCCUCCUGUCUCCACGACUACAACUCAGAAGUCUACAAGCGCGGCUCAGCAAACUACUACUUCCACUACCCAAACGUCCAAAACCGUAACGACUACUUCAACCUCCCAAACACCCACCACCACUUCUACUUCUUCGACGACCUCUAAAUCUUCCACCGUCUCAACUACGUCAACUAGUGUCACUCUUAAAUCGUUCACGGCAACCGGGGUUACUACAGGCCCAGGCUUGGUUCAAGCCAGCUCAUUCGCCAAUGUUUCUCCCAGUAAUCCCAACUCUCCGGGGACAACUAUAACAGCUAGUGCGAUCCCGACAGAUAAAACUGGUGGUUUGGGCACGGGCGCUAUUGUUGGCAGCGUUGCAGGUGGACUUCUUGGCAUAGCUGUUCUUGGCAUGAUUAUUGCAUUCUUCCUGCGUCGCAUGCGUAAGCGUGCUCUGGAAGACGAGGACUUCGUCACGGACUUCCGCCAAUCUGCCUUCGUCACCGAUACCCCUCCUAGCAUGGCUCAACGCGGACAUACCACUGCUGCACCCUCUGUCAGCAGCGGUGGUCCAGGUAUGGCUGGACAAGGUGCUUUCAGGGGCGGAGUGACAGCUGCUGCUGCCUCUACCCCUGUUAUUCUCCAGGAACGCCCGCGAUAUGUCUAUGGCCAGGAACCCGUUCAUAACUCAGAACCUGCCCUGGACGAUGAAGGCAGCGAAGUUGCCCAUGGUGCAUACAGCGCUCAGCCCGAAAUCCAGCAGCCUUACAAUCCUGAGGCUUACGGCUCAUACGCUGCUUAUGAAUCCCAAGCUGGUUAUCAAGAAGCUACUAGGGAGUACCAAGGCCAACAGGGAUAUGUCGCCAACAGCUAUGCCUAUGAACCCCAACAACACCAAGGGUAUGCCGGGUAUGACUAUGCUGCUGCCAGCGCAUACGCCGACGGCCACGCUCCUGCGUCGGGUUCUCACAAUGCGCACCACGACGCCUAUGGGGUUAUGAUCUCUUUCUUUCCGUCUACGUACUAUAUAUGUGUUGUGCCUCAAGACUGGACGAGCCGUACGCCGAGGAACCGCAACCGCGCUAAUGUCCACGGUCGAACAUCAAGAACAGUUGAGAAGGCGGAGUUCAGAGUCCGUCAGAGUCGACAUAAAGUCCGCCUGUAUAUUCGCUACUCUGUCGGUCGAUAUCGUACUUUGGACCAAUGUAACGAGCUUGAUCUCAGCGAUGGUUUAGGAAUGCAGUGA